AUGGACAUCUCCGACAUUCUCGCCYCCGUCUCCGCCCCUUCCCUCGACCAACGUGCCCUCGAUCUUCAAGCCUUGACGCGAGCAUGGAUCAACGAACGCAGCUGUCCCGACCUCCUCCCCUACCCGUCCCAUCUCAUCCAAAGAUGCACCGAGGGCGUGCAAAAACAGAUUGGAACUAUCGAGUCCUUGUCGAGUGCCAUGGAUCCCUCGGCCAACUUCACGCUGGUCAUCUUACAGACCGAGCUGGAACGAGUCAAGUUCCUCCUUAGAUCCUUUCUACGCGCACGCAUCGCAAAGAUCGACCAGUUUCCACUACAUUACCGCGCUCUCUCCGCCUCUAAUAACACUUCACAACCGUUGCUCUCCGCGAUAGAGUCGGAAUACCUCGAAACACAUCAAGCACUCCUGUCAUCACAUUACACUUCCUCGUUUCUAUCGCYCUUCCCGAAAUCCCUACAGAAUAUCGACGAUACGGGUGGUGGAGUGAGCAUGAUUGAUAGACCGGAUGAGGAUACAGCCGUCUUUUGUCGGGUGCUACGAGAUGGAUACGCACCAAGGCCUGUGGACGGCGAUGUGGAACUGAAGAGGGGAGAUGUGUGGGUGCUACGUUGGAGUUCGGUCAAGGAAAAUGUACACCGAGGAGAUGUUGAGCUGAUAUGA